AUGUCCUAUAACCAAGACCACCUGGCCUAUGGCCGAUAUCAAGGCCAGGACCCUGAGGGUGCUGGCGAAGAAAACUCCAGGAGUCUGGUGGGAGACACGUUCAACAUGUUGAAGACUAAAUACAAAUCACAUCAAGGCUCUCAGGGUGGCCAAGCACCCGGGAACCAAAACCAAUCGUCUCAGAGCUAUAGCCAAGGCGGUUAUAGUGGCGGGCAGAGCUAUCCGUCGUACAAUAGCCCCGGCCAUGACCAAACGGGCCCGAAUCAGAGUUCCGGCAAACCGCCGAAGCAAGACAAAACGUCCGGUCUGUUCGGGAAACUCCAGGGAGUUGUUGCGGACCUCGGCGGCGAAGUCGCCCAGCGGUUAGGGACGGCCAUCGACCCGCAAGGGUAUGCGCAGUAUGGAAAACCACAGUCGCAGUCGCAGUCGCAGAAUCGGUUCGGCAGUUUCGCGCCCGAGCGUCAGGGCAAUGAGGUCCACUGGUAUGUCGAUGGGUGCUCGUAUUUCUAUGCGGUCUCCAAGGCCCUGGAGACCGCCAGGGAGUCUGUUUGGAUUCUGGACUGGUGGCUGUCUCCAGAACUCUACCUUAGACGGCCUCCGGCGAAGAACGAACAGUACCGACUGGAUCGAUUGCUACAGGCUGCAGCCCAGCGCGGAGUGAAAGUCAACAUCAUUGUAUACAAAGAGGUCACUCAAGCGUUGACUCUGUCUUCGGCCCACACGAAACACCACCUUGAAGCCCUUCAUCCCAACAUUGCCGUCUUCCGCCACCCCGACCACCUCCCAGACGGACAAGGUCUGGCAGCUUCAAUCAGCUCAUCGCUCCAGAACCUCUCCCUGGAUGCACUGAAGCUAGGGAAGAUGUCCGUCGAUGCUAUGAAGGGCAUCUACGGUAUCCACGAGGGCACCAUCCUCUACUGGGCUCACCACGAAAAGCUCUGCAUAGUCGACGGGACAGUUGCUUUCAUGGGUGGACUAGACAUGUGCUACGGCCGCUGGGACACUCACCAGCAUGCCCUUGCUGACAUCCACGACAACCCCGCCGACAUUGUCUUCCCUGGUCAGGACUACAACAACGCCCGCGUCCUCGAUUUCACCGACGUUGCGCAUCCCGAUCAGAACAAGCUUGACCGGACGCAAACUUCCCGCAUGGGUUGGUCUGACGUCGCAGUCAGUUUCCAUGGACCGGCCGUGGAGGAUAUCCGUCGCAUGUUUGUCGAGCGUUGGAACUUCCUAUACGAUAUCAAGUACCAGUCACGUAAUGACUCGAGGUUCUCGAAGCUGGCGAUCUAUGGACACCCAGGCUCAUCCAGUGGCCAUCAGUCCCAGGGACAGCAGGGUUCUCAUCAGCAAGUGCCCUAUCAGCAUGGUCAGCAGUAUUCUCAGCAGCCGGGCAAUACUCAGCAGCCUCAGUACCAGCCAAGCCAGCAUCAACCUGGCCAGCAACAGUAUUCCGCUACGUCGCAGCCUACUCAAUCGCCCCAACCUACCUGGAAUCAGCAGCAGUCAAACACCGGCACCCCUCAGCCUGCAACUCAGUCACCUCAGCCCAACUGGUCCCAGCAACAAACAGGCUACCAACCUUAUCAUCCCGGCCAGUCGUAUUCGCCGGCUCAGGGUACCAGUGAGCUGCCUCCGACAAGCCCUCAACCGAGCUGGAAUCAACAGCAGACUUCAUACCAACCCGGCCAUGGCCAGCAGUCGCAAUAUGGAACUCCGCAGCAGGCUCAGUCCCCGUAUUCUGGUCAAUCAUUCCCGCCUCCUCCCCCUGGACCGCCUCCAAACCAGGGCCCUGGACAAGCUCAAUCGCCAUACUUCCCACCUCCCCCUACUCAGGCUGGACAAGAAAACCAACACUCCAGCACUCGUGGCUUCUCGGAGGACUAUAGCGAGGACAGGGGCGACCGCGAGAGGGCGUCUGGCGGCAAGCCGGGUCAUGGAUCUACUUCCAGCUUUGUGCCUCGUCGAUUCCGAGACAACUUCGAUUCGCUUCGUGGUGAGCUGGCUGGUCAGAUUCAUCAGUACCAGGACCGUUUCACCAGCGGUGCUCUAGGACGACCCCAGCAGCGCGGUAACAUGUCUUGCCAGAUCGUUCGUAGCUGCGGUAAAUGGAGUAACGGCACGCCCACCGAGCAUUCGAUUGCGGAUGCGUACUGCGAGAUUAUCCGCCACAGCGAACACUUUGUGUACAUCGAGAAUCAGUUCUUCAUCACAGCAACGGGUGACAAACAGAAGCCAGUGGGCAACAAGAUCGGUGCUGCCAUCGUUGAGCGUAUCCUCCGGGCUGCCCGUGCAGGUCAAAAGUACAAGAUCGUCGUUGUCAUCCCGAGCGUUCCGUGCUUCGCUGGAGACCUAGGUGACGAAGCUGCCCUGGGAACUCGUGCAAUCAUGGAGUUCCAGUACAACUCGAUUAACCGCGGAGGAAACAGUAUCAUGGAGCUGAUCGCAAAGGAGGGGUAUAACCCAAUGGAAUACAUCCGGUUCUACAACCUCCGCAACUAUGACCGUCUCCGGUAUACCGUCCCCAAAGCGGCUCCCCAGACUGGCGGAUUCGGACCUGAACAUCGCCCGGCCUUUGACACAUCCGCUGCCUAUCAGUCCUAUCCCUCAGCUCCUGUCGCUUCUAAAUCUGGGGGGCAGUGGAACACGGUCAGCUCGUGCUACAUGCUCAACGGGCCAGAUCUUCGAAGCAUCCCCUGGGAUGGACCAAGCGAAGCAGAGAUUGAUGCAUUUGUCACGGAGGAACUAUACGUCCACUCCAAGGUCAUGAUUGCCGACGACCGCGUGGUUAUCUGCGGGUCCGCCAAUAUCAACGACCGGUCUCAACUGGGCGACCACGAUUCCGAGAUCGCCGUAAUCAUUGAAGAUAGGACUCCUGUUCCGUCCAAGAUGAAUGGUCAACAGUGGACAGCCUCUCGAUUCGCCUCCUCGCUGCGCCGCCAUCUGUUCCGUAAGCAUCUGGGCCUGCUGCCUCCGCAGAAUUACGAGCAUGUCAACGACCAGCUCCACUUUGACUUUGAGUCCCCUGAAAGCCAAAUUGUGGCGGAUCCUUUGGCGGACACGCUGCUCAGCAUGUGGAACACGCGCGCCCACACGAAUACCGAAGUCUACCGCGAAGUCUUCCACUCUGUUCCUGACGAUACCGUCCGCAACUGGGGCUCGUACAAGGAGUUCUACGGCUAUUAUUUCAAGAACGCAGACAAGCAGGCCUUUGGCGAGAAGAUCGAUGGCCCCCCUGCGGCGUACAAGUACGGACACGUAGUUUCUGAGAAGUUCCCAGGGCCCGAGGGCGUAAAUCGCGUCAAAGAACUGCUCAGCCAGGUGAAGGGCACGCUGGUGGAGAUGCCGCUGAUGUUCCUGUGUGAGGAGGACGUGGCUGAAUCCGGGUUGACGCUUAACGAUCUGACCGAACCGCUCUACACCUAG